GUUGACAAGUUAUGUCAUCUCCCUGAUUGGAAUCAUAAUGAAGCUAUCGUUCACUGGUCCGGCAACAAAAGCAAUGUGAUAUUCGUUCUUACUCGUGAUCAUGAUCCUUCUGGACAAGUCGUGGAGAGCUCACUUUGGCAAUCCAAAGAUUAUGGAGGGACAUUCAAGAGAAUUAAUUUCACAGAAAAUGCUCUGAUAUAUUAUUAUUUUACAUCUAAUGUCAAUCACAACAAGUUGAUCUUCACAGACGUGAAGAAUAAACAGAUCUUUCUGACCUACAAUGAAGCUGAGCAUAUGAUACGAGUUUCCAUAGAUUUUACACCCAACAGAAUUGUACUGCACCCAACUAUGGAAGACUGGGUUCUUGGGUAUGAUUUGAAAGCUGGAAAGCUUUAUUGUUCAUUAAACUUUGGAUUAAACUGGACAUUAUUACAUAAGUUUGUCACUCCAAGAUUCUUUUGGGCUGUUGAAGGGCAUGAUCACUCUACAGCUGUGGUUCAUAUGGAACUACUGGAUUCUGAUGGGGAGACCCGUUAUUUGGCUUGCUUAGCUCCAUACUGUGGUGAAAUUUCCAUGGAUACCUCCAUCAAUCCUAUUUUACCAUCUUCUUUAAUUGUUCAAGAUGAAUAUAUAUUUGUACAGAAACAACACUUUGACCGGAAUGAACUGUAUGUAUCAUACAAAAGAGAGGGUUUCAAGAAGGCACAUUUCCCAGAUGACUUACAUCCUCAGAAUUUUAACAUUCUAAAUACAAAUGAAGGUCAAGUGUUUGUGGCAGUACACCAUGAAAAGGACUUUGUAAACUGCUACUUAUCUGAACCCACUGGUCAAUUCUAUGUGUUGACUUUACCAAAUAUUGUUGCAGUUACUGUGAAAGGGCGCUUUCAAGUAGACUUAUAUCAAGUGAGAGGUCUGCCAGGAAUCUAUUUAGCCAAUCAGGAACCAAGUGAACUGAAUCUGAAAGAAAGUGGAAGAAGAACCUACAUUUCUUUUGAUAAAGGAGGGAACUGGAGCUUAAUUCCGGUCCCAUCUGAUAUGAAAUCCCAGUGUAAAUCUGACAAGUUAUCUAAAUGUUCUUUGCAUCUACAUCUGCAACAAAUGGAAGUGCUUUUCAAUGUUCCUCGCAUACUGUCUGAUGAAAAUGCUCCCGGCCUUAUAUUGGCACAUGGUAGUGUUGGUGAUCAGCUUUCAUUUCAAGAUGUCAGCGUUUUCAUCUCUAGAGAUGCUGGUGUUCAUUGGUAUUCAGCACCAUUCCAUGGCCUUCAUGAGUUGAAUAUUCUGGACCAAGGUAGCGCCAUCACAGCACUAAAUGCCAGUUGGAAAACUCGAGAGAUAUAUUUCAGUUGUGAUGAAGGCCAGAGCUGGCAGAAGCACGUAUUUGCUGAUGAAGAUGUUUAUGUUGAUGGGGUAUUGAAUGAACCAGGAAUAAAUACCCUUAUUGUCAGUGUAUAUGCCCACAAGUUCCCUUCAAAAGGAUGGAUUCUCGUAAAAGCUAACUUUUCCUCUAUCUUGACUCGACGGUGUUCCUCUGAAGACUAUGAAAGCUGGAAUCCUGCAGAAGAAGUAUCCAAAGGAUGCAUCCUUGGUAGGAAACUGAUUUUCGAGAGGAAGAAACAAUUCUCUAAGUGUAAUAAUGGCAGGGAUUAUGAGAGACCAAUCAACAUCACAGUUUGUCAAUGUACAAAGCAGGAUUUUGAAUGUGACUUUGGUUAUGAGCGUGAAACUAAAGAAGAAGAAUGUGUACCUGCCAGGUGGUACAACCCUGACAGACCAGUUUUUGAUUGCCCAGAGAACCAGUAUUUCAAUAAGUCCCGUGGCUACCGGAAGGUGGGCGGAGACUUUUGUGUUGGUGGCGUGUCAAAUCACACCAAAUACAGGCAUGUUCUCACUAAGUGCCCUGUGAUACCCCCAUCAGGCCUACGACUAUCCACAUCCAAACCAAUUAUUGCUACAAUGUCUAUUAUAAAAUUCAACUUAACCCAAAAUGAGGGGUCUGUGCUGUCAACAAAUUACACUAUAGAUUUUGGAGAUGGCACCAUCCAGUACUUCCAUGGCCCAGAUAUCUUGAACAGAGAGAUGAGCCAUAGAUACUUCAGCCAUGGCAGCUACACUAUAUCAGUGAAAGCUGAAAAUGCUAAUGGGUCUGCGACGACCAGGUGUUUGGUGCAUGCCGAAGAUGAAAUUGAAGAAUUUAAUGUGGAGAGUCUUAAUGGUGUUCAGACACACCAUCCUGUUUUGUUCAAAACUACUGUCAGUGGCAGGCAUAUGUCAACAUCAAACAUUGGUGAUGUACACUAUGUAUGGCAUUUUGGGGAUGAGAAAUUACAGUUACCUCUAUUGACAUGGAAAAGGAAUGUUAGUCAUGUGUAUAUGGAACCUGGUGCCUAUACAGCAACAGUUGAAGCCAUCAAUUCUGUCAGUUCAGCCUACGUACAGAUCCCUCUACAAGUUUACAACUACAUCAGACGAAUCCAGUUAACUUUCUCAUCCAAUAUUGAUCACAUCAAUAGAUAUGAUCAGCAGUGGAGGUCCUGGCUUAAGAAACGACUGCAAGAGAGAUUAAUAGAUUUGCUUCAUGUAACAGCAGAUCAUCUGAUUGUGUUUGUAUACAAUGAAAUCCCACCAAAAGCUGAUGUUACUCUUCUACCCAAUAAUCCACAAUCAGUAUCAGAUAAAGACACUGACAAAUUGGUGGAAAACCUGUUAUCACUGGUGAAAGAAAGAGACAUAGAUAUCAAAUGGUUGGACAGUAUUAUCAAAGUGACAGGGGCCUCUAUACAGAAUGAGAUCUCCACCAAUAAAAGCAAAACUAAUAUAAUACCAAUAGCAAUUGCAGCACCAAUUCUUGCACUCUCUGUGGUAUUCUUAGCAAUUGUAUUUCUCUACUACAGAAGGAAAUUUCACCGAGUGCAACGCUACUCAUUCCUGCAAGCGAGAGAUGCAGCAGACAGCUUGCUUGAAGAUGAUGAAGAUGAUCCACCCCUUGAUCCUAAUCCUAACUUCAGUCAUAUUGAAAUGACUGAAGACCAAACCGACUCAGUUGAAGGAGGGGGAGGCUUAGUCAAUCCAGUUCUAGUGAUGAUGCCAGGCAGGCGUUCACAGUCCAAUUUAACUGAUCCUCACGCUUUGCGCUGUUAAACCAGAAAUUCAAAUCUCACACCACUUAUUUUUAUUUUUCUAUAUAUAUUUUUCGUUUUUGGAGGGGGGGGUACCUAAUUUUCAGGCCAGUCCACCACAUGGCAGUAUGUGUACAGUGUACAGAACCUUUACUGUUACUUUUUUUUUUGUUUGUUUGUUUGUUUCAUUACUGUUAUUGUUAACUAAUUUGUUGUGAUAUAUUUAUUUUCUAAAUGAUGGAUAUAAUUGUCUAUGUAGUCACCUAUUGAUGGAUAUGCUGAACACAAAAUAUCAGUCAAGCAUGUAACCCUUUAUCAUACACAACUGAAAUAAAUUAAAUUAUUCAUAUUGAAGAAUGUGUUGUAUAUAUAUAUAUAUAUAUAUAUAUAUUAUAUA